AUGCUGGGGCCCCCUGUGGGGCUUCAGGGGGCCUCGGGGGGCCCCCCAGCCUAUCCUGCUGCUGCUGCUGCUGCUGCAGCGGGAGCAGCAGCAGCAGCACCGGGCGGCCCGCAGCAGCAGCAGCAGCUGCCGCCGCCGCUGCCGGGCACCCUCGAAAACUCAGAUGGUGCUGCAUUUAGUGCUGCAGCAGCAAAAAGAAUUAAAAACAGAAUUAAAGAAAUUCUAAAAUGGAAAAGAGAUUCAUUUCCCGGUGGACAGCCAGUCUCUUUGUCUAUGCAGAAUAUUACGGAGCUGUUUCGUAACGCGUACGUUGCAUGCGAGAAGACCGACGGAAUUCGCUUCUUGUUAUUUUCAAAAGACAGAAGAAUAUACCUUAUUGGCAGACGCGACGAGGUCCGCGAGAUCAGCGAAAUGUAUCUGCCGCGGGCGGCGGACAGCAGCGAAGCGCAGGAGGAAACUUUGCUGGACGGGGAGCUGGUACUGGACCAGCUGGAGGGCGCAGCUGUUUGGCGGUUUUUAGUUUAUGAUUGCAUUUCAAUUGAUGGAAAUGAAACAAUUCAAAAGUUGAAUCUUUUGAAGCGGCUGCACGCAGUGCGGAAGCAAGUCAUAGAGCCGCUGCUGCUGCUGCAGCUGCAGCAGCAGCAGCAGCAGCAGACAGCAGCGGCAGCUGCAGCAGCAGUGGGAGACUCGCUGCCCCUGUGCAGCAAACCGCCCAUGGAGAUUUACCUCAAGGACUUUUUUGAAAUAUUUGACUUGAACAGCAUUCGCUGUUUGUCGCUGCGGCUGCCGCAUCCUUCAGAUGGAAUUAUUUUUACUCCUGUGGCUCCGCCCUACAUCACAGGCACUUCGCCUUUGCUGCUCAAGUGGAAGCCGCCCCACCUCAACACCGUUGAUUUCAGCGUUGAGCCCGUCUACGACCUAAAUGGAAUCCCCCAAAUUUUCAUUUUGUGCGCCGGCUACAGAGGUGUACGUACAUUCGCGGGGCUGAUUUUGGCUCCCUAUGGAGACUUCUAUAAAGAACUUUACGAACUCGCUUGCAACGGGUGCGCGUCGGGUUUGAUUGUGGAGUGUUUCUGGCGGCCAAGUGCCCCGGUGUUUACCUUUUACCCUUUGCUGCAGCAGCAGCAGCAGCAAACUCUGAAGCAGCAGCAGCAGUGGGCAGCAAGAAACCAGGGCCACCCCAUGUACGACUUCGACAGGGGCCACUGGAAGGAGGGCGGCUGGGUCGCGGAGAGAAUCCGCACAGAUAAGGCAAUGCCCAACGACAUGAGGGUCCUAAUGAACGUCAAGCGGAGCAUAGACGACGGGGUGAGUUUCCUGGCGCUGCAGCAGGAAAUAGAAAAGUACAAACAGCACAAGAAGCCGAGAGUGGCAGACCAGUGCACUGGAGUGUCUAGAGAGUCUGCUGCUGAGGUUUCUGCUGCUGCGAAGUCGAAAAGGGCCAAAAAAGAAUAA